AUGGGCCUCCCCGGGUUUGCAGGCGCUGAGGGCGCGUCUCGAGCCCCGGAGCUAUCCCAGCGCGGGAGUUUCGAGGGGAGCUCGGGGACAGUUACGGCGUCACGUGGGGAGGCCGCGCGGGGACAGGCGCUGGGGGCUCGAGUGCCCCGGGGGAAGCCGGUGCCAAAGAGCCGCAUACCCAGUGUCCCAGCCUGGGAGUUCCCUGGGGCUUUGCGGGGAGGGGAGCGCGCCCGCCCGCGCCCGCACAGGUGUCCCGGGGGCUGCGCCGAGGCCCUCGCGGGCAGGCGGGAGGGGCGGGCGCUCCAGUGCUCCGGGGCCCGCGGCCCGAGGGGAGGUUCCCGCGAGGUGGUUCUGGGCUCCUCCUCGGCGCUCAGGUUUCCUCUUCCCGCCCGCCGGCUGCCGGCUGCGGCGCCGCCUCCGUCCCCCUUCUCCCUCCCUCCCCGCGGCUGGGCCCGCUUUGCGGCCUCCUCCCGCUCGCUCUCUCCCUUCCCCUCGAGCCUCCGAGGAGCCCGCAGCCGCGGGGCGCCCGGGAAGAUGGCGGCGGCGGGAGGUGGCGGCGGCGAAGGGGGCGCGGCGGCGCCGGGGUCGGGGCCGCGCGGGCCGAGCCCCUUCGCCGAGGCGCGCGACGACGCCCGGGGCCCCGUACCCGCGGCGCUGCACCCGGAGGAGGUCGCCGCGCGGCUGCAGCGGAUGCGCCGGGAGCUUAGCAACCGCAGAAAAAUCCUGGUGAAGAACCUGCCCCAGGACAGCAGCUGCCAGGAAGUUCAUGAUUUAUUACAAGACUAUGAAUUAAAAUACUGUUAUGUGGACAGAAAUAAGCGAACAGCUUUUGUUACCUUAUUGAAUGGGGAACAAGCGCAGAAUGCAAUUCAGAUGUUUCAUCAAUAUUCUUUUCGAGGAAAAGACUUAGUAGUCCAGCUCCAGCCAACAGAUGCUUUGCUAUGUAUUACCAACUUGCCCACUUCUUUUACAUUAGAAGAGUUUGAAGAACUUGUUCGUGCUUAUGGAAAUGUUGAGAGAUGUUUUCUUGUCUACAGUGAAGUUACUGGCCGUUCCAAAGGCUAUGGAUUUGUAGAAUACAUGAAAAAGGACUUUGCUGCAAAGGCUCGAUUGGAGCUAUUGGGUAAACAGUUGGGAGCAUCGGCUGUCUUUGCCCAGUGGAUGGAUGUUAACCUAUUGGCCGCAGAGCUCAUUCAUUCUAAGUGCCUUUGUAUAGAUAAACUCCCUAGUGACUAUAGAGAUUCCGAGGAGCUGUUGCAGUUUUUUUCCAGUAUCCAUAAACCUGUGUUUUGCCAGCUUGCACAGGAUGAAGGUAGUUAUGUUGGUGGCUUUGCAGUGGUUGAAUAUAGCACUGCAGAGCAUGCUGAAGAGGUUCAACAAGCAGCUGAUGGUAUGACCAUCAAGGGAAGCAAAGUUCAAGUUUCCUUCUGUGCCCCGGGAGCACCAGGGCGAAGUACCUUAGCAGCUUUGAUAGCAGCUCAACGUGUGAGGCACAGUAAUCAAAAGGGCUUACUUCCAGAGCCAAAUCCAGUGCAAAUCAUGAAAAGUUUAAACAACCCUGCCAUGUUGCAAAUUCUUCUACAACCCCAGCUCUGCGGGCGGACUGUUAAACCAGUUCUUGGAACACCUCACAGCUUGCCGCAUCUGAUGAAUCCAUCCAUCUCCCCUGCAUUUUUACAUUUGAAUAAAGCACAUCAGAGCUCACUUAUGGGUAAUACUUCUAAUUUAUUUCUUCAGAAUCUUUCUCAUGUACCAGUGGUUCAGCAACAGUUAAUGAAGUUUGAGAAUAUACAUACUAAUAAUAAACCGGGCUUACUUGGAGAACCCCCAGCCAUGGUACUUCAGACUGCCGUAGGGAUAGGGUCACCGCUUCCAUUGAAAACAGAGUUGGGCCAUCUUGGAGAAGCACAUAAAACAGCAUCUAAUUUUAUUCCAACUCAAACAACUAUAGCAACUGGCAUGGGCAUACUACCAUUCCUUCCAAAUCAGCGCAUUGCUGGACAAGCUGGACCAGGGCACGGGAGCACGCAGGAGAAACAGCCAGCCUUGGUGGGAAUGGCAGAAGGAAGUCUCUCAGGGCCACAGACUUAUCUGCAGAGCUUUCCAAACCUUACGGGUGGAGGCUUACUCACAGGACAUCAUAAGCAACAGCAAAGUCAGCCAAAAGGCCUGGAGAUAAGUUCAGGGGCUGCCUCUAAGAAUCAGACUUCACUCUUGGGAGAGCCACCAAAAGAAAUCCGGCUCAGUAAAAACCCAUACUUGAACCUGGCAAGUGUGCUGCCCAGUGUGUGCUUACCAUCCCCUGCAAGUAAAACCACUGUACAGAAGACUGGAAUUGCAAGCAACAUUCUGGAUACAAUCUCUCAGGGAAAUGAAUCACAACACACAUUGGAGAAGUGCAUUGCUUAUUCUCAACCUUUUGGUGAUUAUGCACAGGUGUCAUCUUUAAGAAAUGAAAAGCGAGGCUCAUCAUAUCUCGUCUCUGCCCCAGAAGGUGGUUCAGUGGAAUUUGUUGACCAGCAUUCUCAGGGCACAGGAGCAUAUUACAUGGAAACCUACUUAAAAAAGAAGAGAGUGUACUGAGUUAAGUUCUCUCCUUAUAAACUCAUAAGGUUCUUUGCAGUAUCUCUGCUGUUCAUUGCUGCCUUAACUACAUUCAGACUAGCCAUAUCCUUUAAAUUACGGGUUUAUAACUUCCCAGAAUGAACUGUGUUGUGCAGCAGGCAGAAUUGCCAAAUAAAAAAAGUAAGUAGCAAUAAGAGACAGCAAUUGAGGACAUAUUCCACUAGAAUUAGAUACAUCUUAAUCAAUGUGCUAUUAAAUUACAGUCCAUUGGAGAAAUUAACAUAUCCUAAUACUCCUUGUUUAGGACUGGGAAUAAUUUUGACACCAUAUAUAGAAGUGUGAAGCAAUAAAAUGGGAAACAUUCUUGGUUUCCCGAGCCUUAGAAUAAAUUUCUGAUAAGCCAAUGUACAUUUCAAUUUACUUUAUCUGGAAAUAAUCUCAUUCACAAAUUUUUAGAACUUUUCCUAGAAUUAGAGUGCAAGUACAAAAUGCAGUGACUGGUAACGUUAUACUCCAAGUACAAACUUCAUUAUCACCCCCCUGUACCAGUCAUGCACUCUCACUCAAACACAGAGGCGACAUCCAAGGUAUAUACCACUACAGACGCUUUACGCUUAUAUAUUAUUUACCACUAAUACCUCUUGUGGGGGAAAAAGCUAUUUUUUUAAGUAGCUUUGGUGAUCUAGUAAUAAUUUCAGGGGUUGGCAAACUGCUCCCUGUGGUCAAAUUCAGUCCUCCACCUGUUUUUGUACUGCCUGCAAGCUAAGAAUGAUGUUUACAUUUUAAAAUGUUUGGAGGAAAAAAAAGUAUGACUUGAAAUUCAUAUUUCAGUGUCCAUACAUAAAAUUUUAUUCAAACACAACCAUGCUUAUUCACUUACAUAUCAUCUAUGGCUAAUUUUUGUGCUACAGUGGCAGAGCUGAGUAGCUGCAAAGCCUAAAAUAUUUACUAUCUGGCCCU